UAUUAGACUUGUGUGUGUGUCAGAACACAUGUCCUGUCACAGUUUGCCUUAAGCGUUCAAAGGUCUCUGUCUUGUGCAACUUCACUCUUAGAGAAGAUUAGAGGUAAAGCCACUGGUCGAAACAGGAAAACCACAUUACAUCUGUCUUACAAACAACGAUGGCAUCUACCUUUUUGCCGGCGGUGGGUCGUAUUGCCGUAUGUGGCGGUACCCAUGGCAACGAGCUGUCGGGCGUUUACCUGGUGCAAGAGAUGGAAAGAAUGAGGAAGGAGAAAGGAGACAGCGUGUGGCCCGUCCCUGUGAUCACAGUGCUGUCAAACCCGCAGGCUGUUAAAGAGUGCAAGAGAUACAUAGAGACGGAUUUGAACCGCUGCUUCAGCAGCGCCACUCUGAGCGCCCCUGUAACAGACAGCACCCCGUACGAGGUCCGGCGCGCUCAGGAACUCAACGCUCUGCUGGGGCCGAAGGAAUCUGCGGGGGCAAUAGACCUGAUCUGUGACCUUCAUAACACCACUUCAAACUUGGGCCUGACUCUCAUCCAUUACACAACGGAUGACUGGAUGACCCUGCACAUCUGCAAAUACUUACAGGCAAGAGCAACCAACGCCAACCAAACCCCCACAGGGUAUCCUCUGUACGAAACUACAGUAUAUGUGCCAUUUGUGUUUGUGUGCAUGUGUGUUUUGACGUGUGUUGUCGUGUGCACAUUUAAGAAAAAGAUAACCAGAGUGCCUGUGAGAGUUUUGGUGCUGGAUAUUCCCAUUAGUGCUGCAUAUUCCUUGGAAACUGUGUCCAAGCAUGGCUUUUCGAUAGAGGUUGGGCCGCAGCCUACCGGGGUCAUCAGGGCGGACAUCUAUGAGGUCAUGAAAGAGGCCGUUGACCUCACGAUGGACUGGAUAAAAAUAUUUAACUCAGGAACAGUAUUUGAAGGCGGAGAUAUUGAAGUCUUCAUCCUUCAGAAAAGUAUUGAUUAUCCCAGAGAACCAAGCACCCGGGAGCUCAUCGCUGCCAUUCACCCUCAGCUGCAGGACAGAGACUUUUGCCUCCUAAAGCGAGGCGAUCCCAUGUUUUUAACAUUUUCGGGAGAAACUAUGAAGUAUGAAGAUGACGAAACGCUUCAUCCUUUUUUUAUUAAUGAGUGCGCCUACUAUGAAAAAGGAAUCGCUUUUCACUUGGCAAAAAAGAGGAAGCUUUCGAUUCCAAGGAUGCAAGUGCAAAAAAAAUGAAAGAGCGAAGAAAGAACGUGUAUGAAUCACGGCAAAAGGAUGAAAUUAAAAAUGGAAAUUCUUACAAAAGAUCAGAAAUCAUAAAUCACAAGCACAACAUUUUGAGAAGAAUCACUGUGCUCGCACCACUUUUGGUUGAAACUAACAGUACCAUCCACGCCAUACCAUGAAAGACCUGCCACUUUGGAGAUAUUUUGAGCCAGUUGGUAGUUUUAAUGUUGUGGCUGAUUAAAGUAUUUUAUUAUACUUGCUUCCUGGAACCUCCGCCUAUUUAGCAAUGACCAGUUUUCUUGUUUUGCAAAAAAAUUAUAUUUAUUGUGACCAGCAAUACAUACCUUUGACACGAGUGCUUAUAAAAUGAAUAAAAAUGUGUUGGAAGUGUUUUGGGCACCAUCA